GCCCACGAAGGAUGGCGAGGCCUGGGUUUGAAUGAAGUCGUUCGUCCCCGGUUUUCAGACUUCGAUGUGUAAGAAGGCCGCCUUCCCAUCCGCCAACAAUCUGUUUGGGUUAGGGUAGAUAAGAAAACCUAAAGAAGAUCAUGGGAGCAGAAGAAGAGCAGAAGGGAAAGCAAGCAAAUGAGCAGCCAAGGUCUCAUCCCAUAACAGAGACAGAGUUCCUCACCUGGAAACGCCGAAAGGAUGCAGAUGCCUCAGCUAGAAAAGCUGAAGCAGCUAGGAAACGUGCAGAAGAUAUAGCUGCCGGGACGGUGCAAAUGAAUGGGCGGGAGCUGUUCUUGCAUGAGCCGUGGGUGUUUGAUAGCUCUCAAUACUGAAGGUUAGUUUUGGUUCAAGAGCGCAUCAAGCUAUUUUAGAGGCAAAAUAUACAGGCUUAUUCCUUCAACAUUCUUGCUUGUUUGACUUAACAUUCGUCGUUUGGGUCAAAUUUAUGUUGCAUUCAUGUAAUUAAAUUCAAUUGAAUUGAAUUCCAGCAUUCAUGAAUUACAAAUCGUAGUGAUAUCUUUGUCUUCAACAGGUCCCUAAGCUGAAACUGUUGUGGUUGUGACACCAAAACAGAAGAAUAUUAUUGAUCUUUUAUGAGAAAAGAGCUGUUUGUUUUGCUGAUAUCUGUUACAUGAUAGUCUAUAAAUUAAUUGAUUUGUCUUCCUCUUGCUUGUAUAAAUUAUCAAUUGAGUUAUUCAACACUAGUUGUUUAAUAACAUGAUCAACCUGGUGGUAAGCAAUAUGAUUUGAUAUCUUCCCUUGGAA